UUCCACUUCAAUCGGCGGUUGUCAUAACGAUUGAAAGAUGCAUCUUCCGAAGAAAAUUCACAAACUUUUUUCAUCUCGCGUCUGUAGGUAGUUACGUUAUGUCAGCAGCAAUGUUUUCACACAGUAUUCAGUCCUGUAUCUGAUGUACAGACGUCAGGAAUGUCAUCAUCGAUAGCUCGUUGUUUUUUAUUAACCAAUUUCAAAAUGUCUCACUUGUACCGACAAAAUUUUCGUAUUCUUUUACACCGUCGAUGUACAGCAAAAAAUUCCAUUGAUUUAUCAAAUUCACCAUACCAUGAAACUUGUUUGUCUGCAACAAAUAAUCAAAAUAAACAACGAGGUUAUGAGCGUAUUUCGACUGAUCAAUGCUUAUUUACGAAACUAUUGAAACCGUUCAUUGCGACGUAUAAUGAAAAUUUGUAUACCAUUCCUGUCAGAACGAGCGAAUAUUUUUUUCAUUACAACUCCUAUGAGAGAUUUUGUGGACGUGAAGAUCACAAGAACAACAGAAAUCGAGGUAGUAGGAAAUUCAGAAAUAUUUUUCUACUCAGUGGCCUAGCCGUUGUUGGUGCACUUUGCGAAGGAUCUCAUUUCAGUAAAGAGAGGGAUUUCUUGCGGGCUGCUCAAUUUGGCAUUGUUCAUGACUUGAAGAAGGCACUGUCGAAUGGUAUAGAUGUAAAUGUAAAACAUCCUCUGGGCUGGACGGCACUGCACGCUGCUGCCAUUAAUGGGAAAACAGAGGCAGUAAAGUUCUUGUUGAAAAAUGGAGCAGAUCCAAAUGUGGGUGAUGAUUUUGUCAAUGUUUACAAAACAGCAAUGGAAAAGGGCCUUCAUUCUUUGGAUGUUUUAGUGAAACGAGAGGAGGAGUUCUCAGAUUGUUUAAAUAACAAAGCCACUUUUAAGGGUUUUACGGCUCUUCACUAUGCCGUUUUGGCUGAUUCAAAAGAUUGUAUCAAAGCUCUACUUGAUGCUGGAGCAAAUCCUACAAUUGAAAACGAAACCGGACACCGUGCAGUUGAUUAUGCCAGGGAAGGUGAAAUUAAGGAUUUACUUGAUCGUCAUGCCCGCACAUACGACGAGGUCAUGCGAGAAAAGGAAGCUGAGGAACGGCGAAGGUUUCCAUUGGAACAGCGUCUGAAACAACACAUUGUUGGACAAGAAGGUCCUAUUUCAGUCGUGGCUUCGGCUAUUAGAAGGAAAGAAAAUGGCUGGAUUGAUGAGGAACACCCCUUGGUAUUUCUUUUUUUGGGUUCUUCUGGAAUUGGAAAGACCGAAUUAGCGAAACAACUUGCUACAUAUAUUCACAAAAACAAAGCUAAUGCCUUCAUACGUCUUGACAUGUCCGAGUAUCAAGAAAAACACGAAGUUGCCAAAUUGAUCGGAGCACCUCCUGGUUACGUUGGCCAUGACGAUGGUGGACAACUGACGAAAUUAUUGAGAAAAUCGCCAAACGCUGUAGUUCUUUUCGAUGAGGUGGACAAAGCUCAUCCGGAUGUUUUGACUGUGUUAUUACAACUCUUCGACGAGGGCAGAUUAACGGAUGGAAAAGGAAAAACAAUCGAAUGCAAAAAUGCCAUAUUUAUAAUGACGUCGAAUUUAGCGAGUGAAGAAAUCGCUCAGCACGCGAUGGAAUUAAGAACUGAAGCUGAACAUUUACUGACCCAAAGAUUGGGCAAAAAUAUUGGCAACCCUGAAGGAGAACCUGAGCGCAUCGAGAUAUCAAGAAAUUUUAAGGAUCAAGUGGUUCGGCCUAUAUUGAAACAUCACUUCCGCCGGGAUGAAUUUCUUGGUCGAAUAAACGAGAUUGUUUAUUUCCUACCGUUUUCUCGAAAUGAGCUCAUAAAACUGGUUGCUCGAGAAUUGGAAACGUGGGCUGCGCGAGCUCGCGAUCGCCACACCAUUGAGCUCAAAUGGGACAGGGAAGUUUUGUCCGCAUUGGCCGAUGGUUACGACGCUCAUUACGGUGCUCGAUCUAUCAAGUACGAGGUUGAAAGACGAGUCGUUAAUCAACUCGCCGCUGCUCAUGAACGCGGUCAACUUGGUAAAGAAUGUUGCGUAAGACUCAAGGCAAAUUGGCAUGAGAACGGUGUGACCAUCGGUCUGUCUGUCCGUCCGGCAGGGGUGAAGGAUUUCGUGGACAUCACAGAAUCGGAUAGUCUAAUAAAGAACGUCAAUUCGACAUUUUGACGAGUGGAAGCGGUAGAACAAACGCAGUGAAUUUCUUGCCUUCCUAAAACAGCGAUUAAUAAUCGUGAAGAAAUUUAAGCCGGAAACUCUAGUAUUCAAUAUGAAAACGGAGCGAAUAACGCGAAUGGACAAAAAAAAAUCAUUUUUAUACGAUUUCUACAUAAUUUGAGAAGUACGAUGUGAUCUUUCAGUUUUUGUUUCGACGAAAUCAUUGUAAAUACAUGUAUUAAGUUCAAUUUUUGAAAAUAUUCCAACAUUUUGUGAAUAAUAAGCUGGCUUUCUGUUACGUCCAUCAUAUUUUUUAUUAACUCACUCUUGUGCACAAUGAACGGUUCACAAUAUCCCAGUGAAAUUGUUAUAAACAAUUUUAACAUUUUGUGUAGAGUCUUACGUGACACGAAAAUAUUUAUUGGACUUGACAUUUAACGAAUAGCUUACACACACACGUAUAACAUCGUUCGUUCUCGUUUUUUUCUUUCUUUUGCUUCAUGUCCUCAUCUCGAUUUUUUCAUGUGUAUAUUGUACAUGCACGUGUAAACCGUUUUCAUACAAAUCCGAGUACGUCCUCUCGUGAUAUUUGUGUAUAUAAUUUAUAUAUAUAUAUAUAUAUCUAUAUUCGAAAUAUAUUGCAGUGUUCAUUUCUUCCAAA